AUGGCAUCUCUUACCUUGACCCGCGUUUUUGCGCUCUGCUUCCUUGGUAUCCGUGAGGCUUGGGAGCUGUAUAGUCAAGAUAUGUCCAUCACCUCCAAUUUGACCAAUUUGAGCGGCAAGUUCAAGGCGGUGGUUAGAUUCUAUUCCGCCGAUGACCAGGCUUAG